CUUGUCCUUGCCUUGUCCUACCCGACUUUGCCACUCAUCGUAUUGGGCCCAUCUCACUCACAGCAUGUCUGUGCUCUCUGUGUUCCACUUUGUCCACGCAGCGCGAAACCCGUUCGUGCCAGCAGGCCUAGGGUCCGUGCGGACGGCCACAAAACGUGCUGGCGGCACCGUUGCCAACCAUGGGGGCUCGCCAGGAAAGCGGCUAGGCGUCAAGAAGUUCUCAGACGAGUACGUCGUACCGGGCAACAUCCUCGUGCGGCAGCGGGGUACCCAGUUCCAUCCCGGCCAGCACGUGGGAAUGGGCCGUGACCACACGCUGUUCGCGCUUGUCCCCGGGUACGUGCGUUUCUAUAAGGAGACGCGCAUGCGUGGCGACCGCAAGUACGUCGGCAUCGUAUUGGAGAGGGGCGACAAGCUGCCGAGGGACGAGGCGGCGCUGGGACGCAGUCGGCACUUCGGUUUCGUGAACCUCAACGCAUCUGCAUCCGAGGAGCAGGAUGCGCCGGCACGGACUGCUGCUUGACGUACUCCGUUAGCUCUCGAUGUAACGUACUUUUUCUCGGUUGCGCAUAU